UAAUUCUUGACUUUGAGAUAUCGAGCGAGAUCGAGCGACAAACCUUUGUCAACCAAUUUUCUUUUACAUGCUCAACAACAAACAAUAUGGCUUCUCCGGACGGUACCAACGGCCGCAAACAAGAAGAAACCAAGGACAGCAUCUCGGCCGACUACGACCUGUCUCGACCCAUCACAUCCACGUCCGGUUUGAGGUCGGGACUGACGUCGUACGGAGAUGCACAUUUUUCGUUGUUCUUGCGAAAAGUCUUCAUCAAAGCCUUGGGGUAUUCCGACUCGGCACUGUCGUCGCCCAUCAUAGGCAUCAUCAACACGUACUCGUCCUUCAACCCGUGCCACUCGAACGUGCCGCAGCUCAUCGAAUCCGUGAAACGAGGCGUCCUGGCGUCGGGGGGACUGCCCGUCGACUUCCCGACCAUCAGCGUCCACGAGAGCUUCGCGAGUCCGACCAGCAUGUACCUGCGCAACCUCAUGAGCAUGGACACCGAGGAGAUGAUCAGGGCGCAACCCGUCGACGCCGUGGUCAUGAUCGGGGGGUGCGACAAGACCGUCCCCGCGCAACUGAUGGGCGGCAUCAGCGCCGACAAGCCUGCCGUGCCGCUGAUCACGGGCCCGAUGAUGCCCGGCUCCGUGGAAGGGUCGAGGGUAGGGGCGUGCACGGACUGCAGGAGUUACUGGGCCAAGUACCGCGCCGGGGGGGCCGACGUCGAGGACAUCAUGUCGGUCAACGAGGAGUUGGCCCCGACCGGUGGCACAUGCGGAGUCAUGGGGACGGCCUCGACGAUGGCAUGCGUCACCGCCGGGCUGGGUCUGCUCGAGUUGAGGGCCGGGGCGACGGCGGCGGCGGUCAGUUCCGCCCGACUGAGGGUCGCCGAACAGGCCGGGAGAAACGCCGUGGCGAUGUUGAACGAGGAAAGGAUGAGGCCGCAGGAUCUCCUCACGCGGGAAAGCUUCAUCAACGCCAUCACGGUACUCCAGGCGAUAGGUGGAAGUACCAACGCGGUCGUCCACCUACUGGCCAUCAUCAACAGGCACCCCAAAGUGGCCGACACGAUCGACCUCGAGACGUUUGACGAGAUUGGCAAGAAGACACCUUUGCUCGUCGACCUCAAACCGAGCGGGGACAACUACAUGACGGAUUUCCACAACGCCGGUGGGAUGUUGGCGUUGCUACACACCCUGAAACCACUAUUACAUCUCGAGGCGAGGACGAUCAACGGACGGACCUUGGGGGAAGUGUUGGCCAGCACGCCGUUCAAGACGUUUCCAUAUUCGAGACAAAUUAUACGUUCGCUCGAAGACCCCCUCUACCCGAAAUCGAGUCUGGUGGUCUUGUACGGCAACGUGUGUCCCAACGGCGCCGUCAUGAAAGCGUCGGCGUCAAAGAACCGGAAACUAUUACACCACCGAGGAUCGGCUUGCGUGUUUGAAAAUACGGCUGACAUGGCCAAGCGUAUCGACGAUCCGGAUUUGGAUGUCAGUGAGGACUCUGUCCUCGUGCUCAAGAGUAUAGGUCCCGUAGGGAACCCGGGGAUGCCCGAGGCAGGGCUGAUCCCCAUCCCUCAGAAACUAGGCAGACAGGGGGUGCUGGACAUGCUCCGGAUAAGCGACGGGAGGAUGAGCGGGACGGCCGGGGGGACCAUCACGUUGCACAUCUCACCCGAGUCCGCCGAUUUGGAUUCCGUGUUUGGGGUGGUCCGGACGGGCGAUAAGAUUGUGUGUGACGUCGAAAAGAGGAUUUUGAAACUCGACGUCGAAGAGGAGGAAAUCGCCAGGAGAAUAGCUGAGCGUAAGCGACGGGCGGCUGCGGCGGAUCAGGGCGGUCAAUCUGAACAAUGGAUCUCAAGACGUGAUCGAAGAGGUUAUCGGGGGUUGUACGAGAGAGAAGUCAAUCAAUCCCAUUUGGGUUGUGAUUUUGGAUUUCUUACGGCCAAGGGACCUACCUAG